UAUCUGUCUGCCAGUUUGCUCCUCAAACACCCGCAGUAUAAAACAAUGCUCGAGUUCCGUGAUCAAUACCAGUUGUCGGCUAUGCUAGUGGAGCCAAACAUUGCAAUAUUUACUGAUCAAAUCACCCUUGGGUUAUGCUUACGCUAAACAUGCUUGAAAUCUUGUUCAGACCAGCUGUCGCAGCGCCAUUGGUGCUGUUGACCAGCUACAUCGUUUACAACUUCUUUCUCAAGCCAAACAACCUGCCGGACCUCCCCAUUGCGGGUGCGCGCGAGGGAGACUGGUUCCCUUACUGGCAGGCCAAGUGGCGUAACACGAUGGACAGCAAGAAUGCCCUCAAGUCUGCGUAUAGACAGUUCAAGGACCAAGAACAACCGUAUCGCUUCCCACUGGCGGGCGGCAUGGGCGAGACGGUGGUGCUGCCCAAGGAGUGGACGGGCUUCAUCAACUCGCAGCCCGACAACGUCCUCAGCCUGUACGACCAAGCCAGCGAGUUCUUCCAGCUCGACCACACGUUCCUGGACAGCAAGCUGCACCACCCGCCGGUGCAUGUGGAUCUCAUCGCCAGGGAUCUGACCAAGCAGAUUGGAAACCUAGUGACGGAGAUGGAAGAGGAGACAAGGCUGGCCCUCGACCACGAGUGGGGCAAGCCGGACGACUGGACCGACGUCGGGGUCUACGAUACGGUCCAAACCAUGCUGGGAAUGGUGUCGGCCCGCGUCGCCUACGGGAGGGACCUCUGCCGCGAGCCCAGGCUGUUCCAGCUGUCCAUGCAGUUUGUGCACCGGGCGCUCAUGUGCGGAGUCGCCUUGCAUCUGACCUACGGCAUCCUGCGGCCCAUGCUCACUCCCCUGGCCACCAUACCCAUCAACCUCGUGGCGCCAGAGAUCAGGCGACGGCUGGCCGACUGGGACGGUCGCCGCGCGGACCUGGAGAAGCAGCAGGAGGCGUCGACAGACCAACCCAACGACUACCUGCAGUGGGCCAUCAGGCAGGCCAAGGAGCUGGGCGACCCUUACUUCUGGAAGGAGGACGUCCUGGCCGGCCGCCUGCUGGUGCUCAACUUUGUCUCGAUCCACACCUCGGCCUUCAGCCUCGCCCACGUGGUCAUGGACCUCGCGUCGUGCGACGGGGCCGUGGUCGCGGAGCUGCGCGACGAGAUCACGUCGGUGCUGGCGGCGCACGGCGGCGAGUGGAGCAAGCGGGCGCUGAACAAGAUGGAGAAGCUGGACUCGACGCUGCGGGAGUCGGCGCGGCUCAACUCGUUUGUGACCUUUGGCAGCAACCGGCUCGUCACGGCGCCGCAGGGGCUGACGCUGCCCAACGGCCAGACGCUGCCGCGCGGCGUCGGCAUCAUGCUGCAGGCGUACCCCGUGCUGCACGACGAGGGCAUCUACCCGGACGCGGCGACGUUCAAGCCGUUCCGCUUCGCCGAGGCCAGGCGCGACGAGUCCGCCGACUACGUCCAGCGCGCGCGCAACGCCUUUGCCACCACCAGCCCCGACUACCUGGCCUUUGGCCACGGGCGCCACGCCUGCCCCGGGAGGUUCUUUGCCGCCACGGAGCUCAAGCUCCUGCUGGCGCACAUGCUGCUGGGCUACGACAUUGAGCCCAGGCAGAGGCCGCGCAACAAGUGGUAUGGCAUCGGCAGGGUGCCGGACAUGGAGGCCACGGUGAGGAUCCGGCGGAGGAAGAGGGAGUGA